UAAACGCACCAUUAUAUAAAUAGUUGAGUGCUCACUCCAUCUGCACAUACACUUUCGAGCUUGCCCAUCCCAGUGAGAGAAUUGAAUUGAAAUGGGAAACUACUUUCCAUUAAUCCUUCUUCUGAUCUCUGUUUUUGUAGUGAUAACUUCAGCAAACACCAUUCUCUUACCUUCUGAACACCAACUGAAGCUAUCGGGCGGCUGCCCCGCCCCCGACCCCAGCCUGAAUUACCGGCCGGUCAUCGGAAUAGUCAGCCACCCCGGAGACGGAGCCAGUGGCAGAAUCAGCAAUGCCACCGGUGUUUCCUACAUUGCUGCGUCCAACGUCAAGUUCGUCGAGUCUGCCGGUGCUAGGGUCAUUCCUCUCAUUUAUAACGAGCCAACCGAGACUCUCAUCAAAAAACUGAAUCUUGUGAAUGGGGUAGUGUUCCCUGGGGGAUCCUUUGAGAAGGGUGAAUACUUGGAGGCUCUCAAGGAAAUUUUGCAGAAAGUUUUGGAGAAGAAUGACGGUGGAGAUAACUUCCCUCUCCUCGCCAUCAACUUAGGUUUUCAACUCUUGACAAUAAUCGUAUCCGAGGACAACAUCAUUCUUGAGAAAUUUAGCGCCUCCAACCAAGCAUCUACACUGCAAGUUGUGGAGGGCCUUAAUGUUGAAGGAACUCUGUUUCAGAGAUUCCCUUAUGAGUUGCUGAGAAAGGUGGGUGAGGAAUGCCUUGUCAUGCAAAACCAUAAAUGGGGUAUAUCACCAGAAAGCUUCCAAGCAGAUGCAGAUUUGAGCAACUUUUUCAAUGUAUUAACAACUAGUCUUGACAAAGACAACAAGGUCUAUGUCUCUACAAUUCAAGGGAAGAAAUACCCUGUAGUUGCUGUACAAUGGGCCCCAGAGAGAAAUGCUUUUGAAUGGGCAUUAUCUGAGAUUCCACACAGUGAAGAUGCAAUUCUUGUGUCUCAAAGUGUUGCUAACUAUUUUGUCAGUGAAGCUAGGAAGUCUUCAAACGUACCAAAUGAACCAGAUGUCCGUGACAACCUCAUCUACAACUAUAAUACCUCGUAUAGUGGGAAGGAUGGGAGCGGUUUUGUUGAGGUUUACAUCUUCUCUUAGGAUUAUGGUGUGAUUUCUCAGUGGAUAUGAUGUAUUCCUAAAUGCCUUAUGAGCCAUAAUA